CAUUUUUCACUACCAAGUCGAACCACCACAGACCCUUGACGUGGCUCUUCCACUCGCCUUCCAGAAGCCUUCCAUUCUGUUUUGCUACGAACUCAAAACAGCUCAUUGACUGCCAUGGAGUCACAUAACGACAGGAAGCUCUCAGACGUAGAGAUCAUCGAGGACCGCAAUGAACUUGACGCAGAAAUGGUGGCUGAGGAAAAGGCACUCGUUCGGAAGAUCGACCUCUUCCUUAUGCCAACGAUUUGGAUCAUGUACUUGCUUUCCUACAUGGACAGGACGAACAUUGGAAAUGCGAAAGUCGCAGGUAUGACGGACGAUCUUGGGAUGAGCAGUAACGACUAUUCGGUCGCCCUGGUCGUUUUCUUCGUGACAUACGUCGCAUGGGAAGUCCCCUCCAACCUCAUCCUCUCGAAAACCAAACCAUCGAUCUUCCUCCCCGUCAUCAUGUCUCUCUGGGGCAUCGCCACCUGCUGCAUGGCGAAAGUUGAUUCGUUCGGUCAGCUCGUCGCCUGUCGAGUGAUCGUAGGGCUUCUCGAAGCUGGAUUCGCGCCCGGGAUUCUUCUGAUCAUCUCAUCGUGGUAUCGACCGAACGAGCAGUCGAAGCGUUUCGCCAUUUACAUUUCCGCGGCCGUACUAUCGGGAGCAUUCGGCGGAGUGCUGGCGGGAGCUAUCACGAAAGGAAUGGAAGGAGUCGCAGGGUUGAGAGGUUGGCGAUGGUUAUUUAUCAUCGAGGGAGCUGCGACCGUCCUGUGGGCCAUUGUCUCGUACUUCAUCCUGCUGGACUUCCCGUCGAAUACCAAGCGGCUGUCCGAUCGCGAACGAGCGCUGGCGAUAUCCCGUCUGCAGGCUGCCAAUGUACACGGCGAAGCGGAAUGCGAAGAGCAUUUGACCUCCAUCCAGGCAAUGAAGCAGGCUUGUUCGUCGUGGCGAGUUUGGCUGUUCGUUGUCGGCUACAUGGUUAUCGUCGGAUCGAGCACAUUGUCCUACUUCUACCCAACGCUAGUCCAAGGUCUAGGGUACAACUCGACCAUGGCACAGUACAUGACCGUCCCAAUCUACGCCGUGGCCUUCUUCUGCGUCGGCUUCACCGGCUACUUCAGCGACAAACACCCCACCCAACGCGGAGCCAUCAUCGCAGCCUGGCUCUCCCUCUCCACAAUCUGCGCCGUCAUCGUUUGCGCCGUGUACGACUUCACUGCCCGCUACGUGCUGCUCGUUGUCAUGGCAGCAGGGUUGUGGUCGAGUAACGCCCUGGCUUUGAGCUAUGCUUCAAGCACAUUCUCGUACAUGCCGCGGGAGACAAGAGCUGUGUCUUUGGCGCUGGUGAAUGCGAUGGGCAAUUUGGCGCAGAUAUAUGGGGCGUACUUGUUCCCGGCGGACGACAAGCCGAAGUAUUUGCUGGGGUUUGGAGUCAUCUCGGGAAUGUGUGGGCUUGGUGUGGCGACGUAUGUGCUGGCGCAUGUGUUGUUGAGGAAGUAUAUC